GACCCUUCCUUCCGCUUCUCCCAACGACGACAAAGCACGGCACUGCAAAGGCCCUCAUUGAGGCGCCAAAUGCUUCUGAGAUGAUAUCGAUCACUUUGCACCGCUCAUCAUCUCCUCUUGCGACGCUACCCCGACUCAUGGAGGUCCAUUGAGGUGCGCUGAGAGCAAAACUGUGUGUGUGCAUCACCAAGCGAUGACAGUGCCUGUGAUUGCGUUGUGUUCUAUGGGUUGUGUGUGUGUGUGUGCGGCAGGAGUGACCCAGGGAGGAGAGCGAGGUUCUUGGCUUUUAUUAUUCGGCAGAAGACCUUCUGUGUCGAUGAUGAUGCACUCGGCCGCCAACGAUUCAGAAGAGCGUGAGCUCCUGAGCCCAUCCACCACGGCAGCUGGAACCACAGACUGUGAGCUGGACUGCGGCGCUUCUUCUCGCGAUGAAGACUCUGGAAAGCAGCAGCUGCAGCGGCACAAGUCAGCACUCGUGUGGUUCGGUUCCCUCACGGCCGCCUUUCUGCUCGGCAUGGCUUUCAUGAGCGGGGUGGAUUGGUUACGGAGGCCAGCAGAUAGCCCACCCCCACGGCAAUCAUGGCAACGAGAGGGCUACACAAGGGCUGUUCCCUCAUUGAAGAUGAGGCAGCAUCACCCGUCAGCAGCAGCAGCAGCAGCAGCAGCAGGAGGAGGACCAUCAGUAGGCCAUCUUUACUACUUCAUUCAGCUGACUGACAUCCACCUGGACCCCCUCUAUGACCCACACACCCCACCCCAGCAGUACUGCCGCACACGGCAGCAGCAGGUGAUCCCAGACAAUGCGUCAUCGUCUUAUGUGUGGCCGUUUGUGGCUGCCUUCGGCCGCUACGGAUGCGACAGCCCGAUGCCGCUGCUGGAGAGCGUCUUGGCCGAUGCGCGGGAGAGGUGGCCGUCGCCUGCAUUUGUGAUCGUCAGCGGUGAUAGUGCUGCUCACUCUCUUGGGAAAGAACACAGGUGCACACAAAGCGAAUUCACGUUGGUACGUAUUGUAAGUGCGCAUUUGCUCGCGUGAUGUGUGUGUGCGUGUGUGUGUGUGUGUGUGUGUGUGGCAGGCUGCUGUCGAUCUCUCGCGUGACUGACUUGGUGCGGAGGAGCUUUCCCAACACGACGAUUGUGUGGGUGCUGGGCAAUGACGACUGCUACGACAACUACAAGCUGCCACUUCCUGCAUACAAGUGGACUCAUGAGCUGUGGCGAAUAUGGGAAGCCGAUAUGCCGAAUGAUGAUCACACACGACAGGUGCACAUGGAAAUGGGGGUGUAUGUCUGAUGUCAUGUCGAUUCGAUGUGUGUGUCCAGGGGUUCCUGAGGGGUGCGUAUUACUCGGUCGAUGUGGCUGUGGGUGUGGGUCCGUCAUCCCGCCGUGUGCGCGUCAUGAGCCUCAACACGAUCUUUUACUCCAAGUACUUCGCAUGGGAGUCUGCAAUGGGCGACGAUGCAGAGUUUGACGAUGACCCAGGUGCUUCAAUUCACACGUGUGUUGCUGAGUGAGUGAUGCUGGCUGAAUGCCGGUGGGUAUCCAGUCAUGAUAUCUGUGUGUACUCGUCUGUGUCCUUAUUUCUUCUAGGUGGUCAGUUCGCAUGGAUGGAACACAAGCUGAAAGAAGCGGCGGUACUCGGCUUGCCGGUCAGUCAGCGAGUGACCACACCAUAGCAGACCACACAAGAAAGUCUGCAGACGUCCGUCCGUCGUCAUGUGUGUGUAGGUGAUUAUGGCCUUGCACAUCCCUAUGGGAUUCGCCCUCUCCCAGAUCAGCGGCAAAUUCACCAGCGAGAAGGAGUGGCACCAGCACUAUGCUGACAGGUAGACACGUACAUACAUAAGACACACAUGCACUGUCUCUCUGGCUGUGUCUGUGUGUUGCCCAUACACACAUAGGUUCCUGCGUAUCGUAUCGGCCCACAACAUGACGAUCCUCGCAUUGCUGGCCGGCCACCUGCACAAGGACAUCACCUCUCUCUACCCCAAUCCCCCUGUGCCCAUGUACACGGCCCCCUCUGUGUCGCCCGUCUACACCAACAACCCCUCCUACAGAGUCUUCCCCUUUCGCACAAACAUGCCCAGCCAAAUCGGCAUUCGUGACAUGCACACCUAUGUGGCGCCACUCUAUGGCACAGUCGACGCCCUGGGCACGUUCGGGCAGUCAUUGCAAUGGCAGAGAGAGUACUCAUUCACGGUAAGCGACUAUAUGAGCAAGAGAGCGGUGAUCUUGACGCCGUGCUGUGUGUGUGCGUGUGCGUGUAUGUGUGUGUGUGUGUGUGUCUGUGUGUGUGUAUCCAUUAGGAGGCGUAUGGUGUGAGGGAUAUGAGCGUCUCAUCUAUCACCCGCUACAUGCGGAACAUAUCCACCGAUGCACACACAUACAAGUAAGUAGUACAGAUGGAUGCAGCUACAGCACACGCACACAUAGAAGUAGAUGGACACACAGCCGGCCAUCCCUCUGAACUGGUGUGUGCUUUCACUGCAGCGCGUGGCUGUCUCAUCGCGACGGCGGUGUGUCGUUCCCCGCCUUCUACCAGACGUGCAUCUUCACCAGCCAAGAUGCCAAUGCACUCGACAAAUGUGUCCGAGGCAGAAUAGACAUUGGCGAAUGAUGCAGACAGACGGGGGCGUGUGUGUGUGUGUUGACGGAUGAGGGGACUUUUGUCGUCAGGGAAAAACAGAGGUCACAUCGAUGCGUGUGAUCGGAGUGACUGUGUGUGUGUGUGUGUCACUCAUGCAAAGGCGAGGCCCGAAGGGCCGAGCCGAGCGAAACCUGCCUCGUCUGUGUCUGUCUAAGUAUGUGUGUGUGUGCGUUGAUGAGGGGACUUUUGUCAUUAGGGAAAGAGGUCACAUCGAUGCGUGUGAUCGAUCCACUUUGGCGUGUCUGCGUCACUCUCAUUCGCCAUACAUACGGCCAGAGAGGAAGUCAGUCUUUUUUGACAACUCGUACCUUAAAGCUAUUCUCAAG